AUGGAUACAUCGUCGUUCGAAUUUACUCUCCCACUUCGUGGCAAGCUCGCCAUUGUGACGGGCGCAUCCCGCGGCAUCGGAGCUAGCAUCGCAUGGGAACUUGCACGUCGCGGUGCAAAUGUCUGCAUGACCUACGUCUCUUUCACCAGUGCCCAAUCCAUCACCGACCUCGGCACCAAAAUCACCCAACUCCCCCACAACCCCAAAACAUGGACCAUCCAAGCCGACCUCUCCACACCCACCGGCGCCUCAGAUCUAAUCUCCGAACUCAAAUCCUAUCCCACCACUCCAACUCCCCUCAAAAUAGACAUCCUAGUCAACAACGCCGGCAUCGAAAUCGUCAACCCCCUCACCGAAAUCACCAUAGACGACUACAACAACGUCUUCAACCUCAACGUCCGCGGCACCAUGCUCAUGACCCAGGCCGUGCUACCGUAUCUCCCACCCGAGGGUCACGGCCGGAUCAUCAACCUGAGCUCGGUUGGGGCAAGGUACGGUUUCAAGGGGAUAAGUCUGUAUAUUGCGUCCAAAGCGGCGAUUGAGGGGUUCACGCGCGCUUGGGCGGCUGAGUUGGGCGGGAAUGGGACGACGGUUAAUGCUGUUGCGCCAGGGCCGGUGCCGAGUGAUUUGCUAGAUAGGAUUCCGAGGGAGAUUGUGGAGGCGCAGAUGGCUAGCACGCCGGUGGAGCAGAGGUUGGGAACGACGGGGGAGAUUGGUAGUGUGGUGGCUUGGUUGGCGGGGAGGGAUGCUUCGUGGAUUACUGGGCAGGUUGUUUCUGCGAGUGGCGGGUGGGCGAUGUAUUGA